UGCUCUUCACAGACACUGCAGCAUAUUUUCAGCUGAGAGACUCAAACACAGGCUUUGUGUUGUUUUCCUCUCUGGUUUUAAAUCUGUUAAACGCAGAGUUUAAACUAAAUUUUCUUUUUAGAAGAAGCUUCCUGCUGCUUUGUGGGACCUCCAGCUGUUGCACUCUGCAUUGACCUGACCCUGACACGUGUGACUGUGCAGUGAUUCAUUGUCUGAACUGGUUUGGCCAUUGGGUGUGAAAAUCUGCCGGAGAAGAUGUUUGCUGCUGAAGCCAAAGCAUUUGUCCAGACGCUGGGAGGAACAGACCUCAUCUCUAAUGAUAACUUAAACUGUAAAAUGGAUCUACUGACUCUGGUCAAAGUCACUGAGGGAAUUUUUUGGCCAGUACAGAAGUACAAAGUGAUACACUGCAGCCUGCCCGAGCUCACCGAGGAAGAAAACUUCUCUCCAGAUUACACCGAGGAAGUCUUGGUAGAGGACUUUAGGAUCACUACAGAGAAGAGUGGGAGUGGAGGUAUAGGUGGAGAAUGCAGUAAUGUGGGUGAAGCUUAUAUUAAUGCCAGCACUAGUUCUGUGGAUGGACUGGUUCAGCCCGUCAGCAUGAUGACAAAGAAGGCCAAUGUUAAAACUGUGGUGAGCAGAUUCAAGGGCAGGAAAAUACACAAGGAUACCUUGGACCUGCUGGGACUGAAAGAGAAGGAUAAACUGAUGUUUGUCUCUCAAAUAGUUUACAACUCCAGUGCUGUCAAAAUUAUUAGAAAGUCUACGACUGAUGGCUCCAUUUUCACUUCUUAUGUAAAGAUGCUGAGUGUCUUUGCAAAGGGGAGCAGUAAGGCGGAGACAAGCUUCACUGUGCCAGCAAAAUCCAUCUUUGCUUAUAGCCUGGUGGAGAUAAAGAUAGAGAAUGAGAAACUGAAGAUCUCAUGUGAGCCGUGGACUCGUAGUUUACUCGAUUGGCUCCUUUGUGAUGACGUAAGCAAUCCAACUGUGAAAAAAGUAAAAGAAGAACUAGAGAUGAAGGAAGCUCUACUGCAGCCGCUGGCAGAUCUUCCUGAGUCGACCCGUUGUGAUCUGCUGCAAACACUCAGCAAGCUCGUAGAGGAUGGAGACAAUCUCUCUCUGCUGGAUAAAACACUGGAUCAUUGCAGUAAUGGAGUGUUUGAGUGUGAGUCUGAGGCUGUCUCUUCCUUCAUGGACCUUCUCAAUGUCUCAAACAUCUCCACAAGUGAGCAGAAUGCUGUUCAUAUGUUGGUCAGCGCUCUGCACACUCUGCCAGAUGAAGUGCCGCCACUUCUGACCUGCUGCAGUCCAGACACUCUGAGAGUGGAUGGUCUGAAGGACGGUCAGGCCACACUGCCAGAGUCCCUGCCCGUCCCCCUGCAGGAGGGAGGGGAGCUCCGCUGGGCGGCCGAGUUCAUCUGUUUGAACGAUCAGAAGCUGAAAGAGUUGAGUGAUGGCUGGGACCGGCCCGAGCUGCCCCCAGAGGUUCUGCUGGAGGUUCUGUGCCUCGCUGUGCAGGGACUCAGCCUGAUGCAGCCCACAGCAAACCCUUAA